AUGAGUUUCCAGAGCUGUCCAAAUGUGAUAAGGAGGAUCACUCUCUCGCACAUCCUCGUCUUCUUCCUUCUAUCGUCGGCCGUCCAUGCCCAGUCAAGGUCGCCACCGGAGGCUUCUCCUGGUGCUUCACUUCGCAACAGGAACGCCUUAUUCGCCCCCGUGGUUGUCGCCCUCGGUUGCGCCCUCCUCUUCAUCGCCUGCUUCGUCAUCUACAUCCGCCAAUGCUCCGACUUGGAACUUCCUGCCGGAGGCCCGACAGACGCUGCCACCGUCAAUUGCUCUUCAAGUGCUCCUCACGGUAUCGACCCGAAAUUACUCGAAACCUUCCCCAUCCUCGUGUAUUCCGCCGUCAAACACCUCGACUUUGGGAAAGCCACCGCUCCGGAGUGUGCGGUGUGCUUGAACGAGUUCAACCACCACGAUACGCUCCGAUUGCUUCCGAAAUGUCACCACGUGUUUCAUCCUGGAUGCAUCGAUGCCUGGUUAGCCUCCCACGUUACUUGCCCUGUUUGUCGCUCGAGGCUGAAGCCGGCGGAGGACCACCACCGAGGUGAAGGCGAUGUGGUGAUAGUUAUUCCAAAUGAGGUUACAAAUGCACAACAGGCGUUCGAUGAAAGUUCUGUGACAAGAACGGAGCUUAAUUCAGGCAACAGAAGUUUAGGGAUGUGUCAUUCAACUGGUCACUCUUCGGGUUUGGGUGAAAGUGAAAUCGAAGAGGAGAGACACAGAGAGGUACAGUCUGAGGAUGUCGGAGGAUGUGAUUAA